AUGCCGGCUGCUACAUCCGACUGGAUGACAAAGGUCGCUUCGGCGCAGCUACACGCCUUUCUGGUCGGGAGAUGCAACGUGAAGAGCAACACGUGCGCCAUCGAUGUCAGCCACGAGGGCGACCGCCUCCGCGCCCUCUUCAACGACGGCAUGCCCAAGACGUUCCAGGUCGUCUGCGGCGAGAACCACAAGUGUCUGGCGAACGGGGGCCUUUGCUCCUGGGUCUCAAACCCGGGCGGCGAUGCAAACUGCCAGUCGAAGCGCACUAAGCCGGGACUUGUGUGCACCGGCCAGGGAUGUGCGUCGAUGGUCGCGGACUAA